AUGAAUCUACUCGCCUCGUCUAGCAUUGCCAGUAGCACCAUCAUCAGUAAACUUCAAGCGAGACGUUUUAGACUCGAUAGAAUUCUGGCUGAUUUGGAAGCUGAAGAUUCGUUCAAGCCUGAAAAUGUAGCAGAUCACUCGAUCAGAUUAUUCAUUGACGAAAGGCAAAGAUCAAUAAGCGCAAGAUUGUAUGACAGAUACGUGAAAGUCGUUGAAAAUGUCACCAAGUUGUUCAUAAGUAGCACUUUGUUCCGUAACUUUGCCAGAAAAGCGGUUCCAAGUAUUACCCAGAACAACUUCAAGGAAAGAUUUUUGACUCGAUGCAAUGCGUUGACAACUGAAGAAGAGGUAGAGGAUCAGGUAGAAGAACAAGAGAUUGCACCUGACGAAGCUUCUGCUCAGCUUUUGGGGAGCCAAAUGUCAGUCGAUGAAGCAAUCGCUGUGAGCGCAAGUCAAGUCAACCCAACGGCUUUGACUUACAGUCAAGUGACGAUUCUCAUGUUUGAGAGUGCUCAAGACUAUUUUACGGUGUAUCAAGCUUCGAAAGUUGCGCUGAAGAGCCAGCAAAGAAAGCUGAUGAGCUGUGGUGCUUCACUUAUUCUGGAUCUUGUCGAUAUGACUGAUGGCAAUUAA